ACUAGAUGGAACCUAUAUUCAUAUUAAUGUCUCUGAGGUUGAUAAACAAAGAUAUAGAAGUCGGAAAGGUGAAAUUGCAACAAAUGUCUUAGGAGUAUGCUCACGAGACAUGCAAUUUAUAUAUGUGCUACCAGGUUGGGAGGGUUCAGCUUCAGAUGCUAGGGUGUUGCGUGACGCAAUUAAUAGAAGAAAUGGUCUUAAGGUUCCUACAGGAAACUACUACUUGGUAGAUGGUGGGUAUACAAAUGGAGAAGGGUUUCUUGCCUCUUAUAAAGGAAGUCGAUACCAUCUUAGUGAGUGGAGAAAUAGACGUGUUCCAACAAAUCCCAGAGAACUGUUCAACAAGCGACAUGAUCAAGCUAGAAAUGUGAUAGAAAGAACAUUUGGAUUGCUGAAGAUGCGUUGGGCAAUUCUUAGAAGUCCUAGUUACUAUCCCGUUAAAACUCAUAACCGAAUAAUUAUUCCUUGUUGCUUAUUGCACAAUUUUAUUAUGAGAGAAAUGUCCAUAGAUCCAUUAGAAACUGAGUUGGAGAACAUGCCUAUCAUUGAAGAGGUAGAUGAACAAGCACAUGACAACAUUGAAACUAUUGAACCAAGUGCAGCUUGGACUGCAUGGAGAGACGCUUUGGCAAAUGAAAUGUAUAAUGAUUGGGUUAAUCAUUGAGGCAACUUUUAGUGAUUUUGUGUCUUUUGAGUUUGUU